UCACAGACAUAGACACAGGACAAAUUCCUACAAAGAAAUUGAUCAGACAACCAAGGGAAGAGAGAGAGAGAGAGAGAAGGAGUGAUUCCAUUCUGCGCUGUGAGAUCCUGCAGAGUAAGACAGGAGACCUGUGGAAGAACAAAAGGAGAAAGUGAAAGAAGUGAUAGGUUGAAUAUGGUGUGUGCGUCCUGGCUGUUAGCGGUGGUGGUGGUGUGUGUGUGCAACCCCAAGGUGGGGGGGCAGUGCUGGGAUAGCUCCCACUGCAAAGACCUCCCUUCAGAGGACAAGAUACUCGAGUGCAUCCACCUGUUCAGGUCUGGGCUCCAGGACGAAUCCCCAGAGCCCAGAUCGGCUGCCCAGCAGUCCACUGAGGAGAGCCUCUCCCUGGGCAUCCUGUUGGCAGCCCUGACCUCUGGAGAGAGAGCCCUGGAUGCUGACCCUGAGCCCCACAGCGACAAGAGACACUCCUACUCCAUGGAGCACUUCCGCUGGGGCAAACCUAUUGGGCGCAAACGCCGCCCCAUCAAAGUCUAUGCCUCCAGUCUGGAAGGGGGGGACUCCUCCGAGGGCAACUUUCCCCUGCAGGCACGCAGGCAGCUGAGCAGCUGGGAGGACGAGAUGGCGGGAGCUCUGGGUAACCAGGGGGCCAAGGCUCAGACCAAGGUAGUCCCCAGAACCCUCACUGUGACGGGGCUGCAGGAUAAGAAGGAUGGGUCCUAUCGGAUGGGUCACUUCCGCUGGGGCAGCCCAACCGCUAUCAAGCGCUACGGUGGCUUCAUGAAGCCAUAUGCCCAGCAAUCCCACAAGCCCCUGAUCACGCUGCUCAAGCACGUCAUCCUUAAGAACGAGCAGUAGAGGAGKGCAGCAAGAACAAGGGAUAGAGGGAAGGGAGGGGAGGGGAGGGAUGGGAUGAGUGUAGUAAAGAGGAAAAGAGGAAAGAUGAACUGAAUGUUUUGAAGACCAGUGGCAACUGUUGAAAACUAAGGGUCGUAUUUAAUCUGUAGCCAAGUUUCCAGAGUAACACAAAAAACGAAUUAUAGCUCCGCAAUAUAAAACAAUGAAACAACAAAUAAGUCAAAAUCAUCUUUCUUAUAUACAUUUCAGACAAUUUAUAGUAUGUUACCUGUAAAAAAGAUAAGGCAAUGUUUAUACGGCCCCCCUUUCAAACAGCCCCUUAUUUACAACUUAUUUGCAGGUAUGCCCUUUUAUACAUAUCAGUGGGUAACUGGCAAAUUGGGARGGUAGGUGGUGCCGUUAAACAAUGGAAGUGUUAAUUAAUUUGCCUGCAAAGAAGCGGAGAACCAUACUGUACACAGACCUGAUAGCUGUAUUUUGGUUAGAGGGUCUGUGAAAAUACAGGAAUCAUGACUAGGUCUUUAGCUGGGUUUUAAAUUAACAUGUUUUUUUUACCCUUACCCCUUUCAGAUUGACAAAAAAAAGCUUGUACUGUAUAAAAAGCUGGCAUGGUAAAAGUGGGAUUUUUGUCUGUAUAUGAAAGGGAUAUUAGCAUUGCCCUAGAUAGCCCAUAACGGUUUUGAUUGAAUAGGACCAUUGAUAGCUGUAGAAUUCAUGUAUGGCCUUGGCUUGAAUGCUGUAUGAGAAAGUAUAAAUUGAAGGAAGUACUUAGAAAGUCUUCAGUAACAGUGACCAUACUGAAUACUGUGUAUAGAUGACAGACUGGGGUAGGGAGUGGGUAUGAGAGAAGAUCAUUUCAAAUGGAAUACUAUUUUUCCUCAUUAUUUUUAUUGAGAUAAAUUGUACCAUAUUGUAAAUGUAUAUAUUAAACAGAUACUGCUUUGUGGCAAGCAACACAAAUGA